AUGUUCCAAACGCAGACUUGGGCUGAAGUCCGAGAGUUCGGGGAGAGAUUCAGGAUGACUUCUCGUUGGACAUUUUGCUUCUUCCUCCUCACCCCUAUCUCCGGCCUGGACCCCCCCUGCCGCUGCACAGUCCACCCCACCCAAGGUCUGAUGGUAAACUGCUCUUCUCCUGACCCCCCUCUGCGGCUUCACCUGCCCCGGGACAUCACCCAACUGCAACUGUCCAACACCGGCCUCCGCACGGUUCCUCCAGGCCUCUUCGACAGCCUCAACCUAAAGAACCUAUUGGCAAAAGAAUCCACGAUAACGCUUUACAUAGAUGAAAGGCAUGCAAUUUUGGAAGCCAGUUCUCUGCGAUCACAAAAGCCCAAACACAGAAGGAGCUGGGGGUUUCUGAAUAAACCGGUGGAGCCGAUGGAGAGGCCACUUCUGGGCAUGGAGCUUCUGCCACAGACACUGCAGAAAAAGCCAAAUAGAAAGAUGAAAGAGACCUAA